AUGUCUCCUCAUGAGACAUUUUUCUUGACCCCAUCUUCGAAAAUGGAAUAAUUCCAAAUUGACAAUAACCCUUAUAUUCAAUUCCAAAUCAAAGACUUCCCAGGCAAUCAGGAACUAAAGGAGACAAACGCUGUAGAUAUCUAAACAAUCAAAGGUUGCGGGUCUUUACUUUAUGUGAUUGAUGCUUAGCAGUAGGAAUACGAGCAACCUUGUACAAAACUGAGAGAUAUUAUCAAGACUUGCCACGCUAUUAACAACAAGAUUAGUUAUGAUGUAUUUAUCCACAAAGUUGACACAGAUAUGUUCUUAUUGGAUGAUUAAAAAAUGGAUUGUCUAAAUGAUAUUCAAGAGUUGAUGAAGCAAUUAUUGAUGGACUAUAAUCUAUCAGUAUCACUUUCAUUCUACUUGACUUCUAUUUACGAUCACACUAUCUACGAGUCUCUUUCAAAGGUUAUACAGAAACUUCUUCCACAAGUAGGAUUCAUCUCAGCUAUGAUUGAUAACCUAAUCAGUAACUCAAAGAUCGAGAAAGCCUUUCUCUUUGAUGUGAUCAGUAAAAUCUAUAUUGCCACAGAUAGUAAUCCUGUGGAAAUGAAACACUAUGAAAUCUGCUCAGAGCUUAUAGAUGUUCUAAUUGAUGUCUCUUGCAUAUAUGGCAUUGAUGAACAUGCAGGUACUUUAAAAUUUGACAAAGAGUCUUCAAGCAUCAUCAAAUUGAAUCACGCAGGCGGUAGUGAAGAGAAAAUCGUACUUUAUCUAAGAGAAGUUGAUAAGUGUCUAGCUUUAGUGUGCCUUAUAAAUGAGAGAGAAUUCCAUAAAUAACACUUAAUUAACUACAACAUCGAUAAGUUCAAGGAAGGACUCAGAAAGAUCUUUGAAGCUGCUAAGAAUGCCAAGAAACUGUAGUGA